CGUCGUAAGAUAUUUGAAAUUGAAAGAUUGUUCGGUUAAUGCAACGUAUCGUAUCGUAUUGCCCACGAGUUUUUGUCCGCCAGUCGUCAACGUUGUUUUUCCGUCUUUCGCGAUUUCACCACUGACAAAAACAGUGCGCAAACCCGUCUCGACGCUCGUUUCGCGAACGACAAAAACACGUUGGUCGUCUUGUGUAGUUGCCGCGAAACACGCCGAGGCCUGUAAUGUCUUCUCAAGACAACGAACGCACGCUCGGAGUUUUACAGAAAGUUUACGACGAGUUGCAACGUUAUUACACCCUGCUGCGACUGAUCAGGGCUGAUCUCGAGAAGAUGAUAAACAACUUCACCGCUGUGAACGGUGUAUAAAAGUCGAAUUGAAGAUAGAUACGUGCUGUUUAAAUAUACGGAGUCUUGCAUGUCACAAGAUGGAUUCCCAUAAUUCUCUGUUACACAAGGGGCUGGAGUCCUCGUUACAAAAUUCGCCGACUUCUUCGACGCCAUUGCGAAAGUCCAUUAUUGCCCAGAAGCUGCAGUUAAGUUCGCUCAGUGAAAAUGACGAUGAGGCGGAGCGUGUUGCACGUCGACGUGAAAUGUCUACGUCGAGGUUAUCUAAUAAUUCCGCCAAUAGCAGGAGGCAUUCUCUGGGGCUAGGAUUCUUGGCGAACAUGCCGGCACCGCAGAUGGCCGAGAGGAUAAGUCUUUGCAUAAAACUGAGCACUGAAAACAAAAUCAACAUCAAGAAUGCAUUUAGUUUGGAGAUGAUUGAUUUUAUGACGUAUAUGGUGAAGAAACAGGAUGCUAACAUGUCAAAUCUGCAAAUGGCCAGCACGUCGUUGGAUGUGAGCACCAAAAUCUAUGGAUUCCGCGUGGACAGUUUGCAUACCGAUAUACUUAAAAUAGCCGGUGGAUUAGAUAAGCAAGUAACUGACCAGCAGACUUCUGAGACGAGGGAGGAAGCUACUCUGGACGACGCGGAAGGAAAUGUGGAGCUGCAGAAGAAGAAGAAAAAGAAAAAGGCCAAACAGAGGAUCAUUAGCACUGUGGAGGCUUUGAAGGGCAAUGUCGAGAUUAUGAAGCCUGUAUCGAUGAUAGGCGAGGGCGACAUGGAGACCACUGACAUGUUAUACCAGGCAACGCUGCCGAAUCACGCGAGUUCCGGUUUCUAUCAACAUCUAUACAAUGAUGUGAUCGUUGACGUCGUAGAGAACGAGUCCAACUUGGGAAGCAGUUCAACGAGGUACAACAUACCGGUGAUCGAGGACUUCUCAGACUUGGAAGUCUGCGCGUCAUACUCGAAGUUCGAGUUCCUCGGUUGGUCCGUGGAGGACGAGCCGGAAGAGAUGCCGGGUCAGGAGGACGAAUGCGAUGACGAGGAUAGCAAUAACUUCCAGUUUGAUCUCGAUGCAAGCGUGAGACACGACGACGAUGAAAACCCGAUGCCGGAGCCGAUGAAUUACUUCGACAUCAGGCACGACGACUACGAGGCUAACGUUCAUGGAUUUCAGAAGGUGGUAAAUCGAGGCGAAAAUAUCGUGGAUGCACACGAAAAGAAAGUGACGCCACGAACAGCGCUCAUGUCCGAGUAUUCCUUCAUCCGACCGAAUAUGAAGAGCUUGCAUUGGGCUGGACCGUCCCAUUGGAAGUUUCGGAAGUUCGCGAGACCCUCCGCUACUGCCACCACUACUUCGAAGACGGAGAGAAUGGCAGCCUGUAUGCAAGCAUCGUCGCGAAAAAAAAGAGAGAUUUUGUCAUAUGACGAGAAUCGUGACAUGGAUGCAAAAUUCGCUGCGAGUCAGGCUAACAAAUUACAAGUGAAGACCGCAAAAUCGGAAUGGAGCGCUGGAAACCUGACGCUACCGGAAGACAUGCAUUACGAUAUUGUUCAAGUGUCUAAGUGUUUGUAUUUGCACCCGGAACUGGUUGUAAAAUCAACAAGCGGAGAAGGAAAGGAAGACGCAGUCGACGCGGACGUGUCCGACGGCGAGAGAUAUGAUUACAACAAUCCAAACGAUACGUUAGAAUAUUGUCCCGAUGUGAGCAACAAUGACGCGGGCAGGGAUGAUUGUAACGACGAUUGCAACUUCGAGGAUGAUGCCGCUGCUUCUGCCAACGUGUCGAGUAGCCAGGGUUUCACUGGCGACAAUAUGGUAGCCGCACCAAAACUGCCCAACAAGGUACCCAUUCCGUACUGCGUGAAGGCGAAGAAAAUCGACAUGCAACAAUUGAAGAAAUCUAUAUGGACUUGCUUGAAAUCCAGGGAUAAUGCGGACACAUUGGACAUCGGGGAGGCAGUAGAGGAUGCUACAACGAACAACGUGCAGGAAAGCAAGCGAUUCAGCAACGUGUACAAACAGCUGCCGAAAUUGCUGUCGAAAGCGAAUGCCGAAGCGUUAAGCGUACCGAUAUCGUUCAUAUCAUUGUUACACUUGGCCAAUGAUAAAGAGUUGAACAUUCAUUCACUACCGGACAUGUCCGACGUUAUCGUCCAAGCGAAUUGAGAAGAGAGUUUAUUUGCGUAUGUUUCCAUACAUGUGCUUCAGCAUUUUAUAAACGUUGCUGCAUUGCUUGCUUUGCUGCAUCGUGUUUGUUUCAGCAUCCUUCACUGUCUCCCUGAUUAACAAGAGGGAAGAUUGUAUAAACUAAAUUUACUGUAAUAAAAAAAGCAAUAAGAUUCACAGCAAAAUUUACACAAUCUUCCCUCUUGGUAAUCAGGGAGUCCAGUGAAGGAUGCUGAAACAAACAAGAUGCGGGAAAGCAAAAGCAGUACAUUAACGUUUACAAAAUGCAGAAGCACAUGUAUGGGAAUCAAAUUUUGCUGUGACUCUUUUUGCCUUUUUUUUAUUACAAUAAAAAAAAAGCAAUGAGAUUCACAGCAAAAUUUGGUUUACACAAUCUCUCUUGUUAAUUCUUUUUAUCGAAUCGAAAAGUAUUCUCGAUUUUUGUAUUGAUAUAUAAAAAUACUAUUUAUGUUUCAAUAAUGUCGUAAUAUACAGUUUUUCAUAAGGAACAUUGAAUACUGUAGAAUAUCAGUAUGUGCUUCGUUCAUUACAUCUUCAUUUCAAUGAUCACAUUUGAAAUUUAUUUGUUCGGUGUUAAGGAACACCACACGACAUUAAACAAUACUCUAUACAGAUGUAGCGUUUAUUACUUUUUUAUUUUUAUAUAAUGUUCGUCGCAAAGAGCACUUGAAAAAGUUUGACGAGUUUUUUUUUACUAGAUAACUGUCCAUUGUUCAGACCAAUUAAGAAUUUAAUAAAUUUAACUAAAUUGGAGUUGUCAUGUAUAAAAAGGAACAGUUAUUUGAAGUUAUUAAAGAAUAUUUUCUAUAUCAUACGUACAUAUCUUUUUUUAUACAUACAAUAAAGAGAAUUUUUUGUAAUAAUUCGUUUAUUUCAAAUACAUGUGUUUUGUGCUGUUGAACGUAUCGCGGGUCAUUUGUUUGCACGAAUCCACCGCAAAUCGUACGCUCGAUUGAUACUCGCGAUUUGACGCAUGUAACUUGAAAAGUUUAGUGUAAAAAAUGUGAAUUAAAUCCAGUGUUUCCUUGCAUUUAGCGAAGCGAUAUUAAAAUUUUUUAAUCAUGA